AUGUCACGAAUAGUCAAAGAGUACAAGAAGAUCAAAAAAGUGCUUGAGGGCCAUGGCGAGGCAUUUGAAAAUUUGAUCGUGCAGUUGGCACCUGUUAAUGAAUACGAUUUGUUGUCUUGGAAGGCUACCAUAAGAGGACCUUCAGAUACACCUUACAAUGGGUUUUCCAUCGGAUUGACCAUUAAAAUUCCAUCAGACUACCCCAUUUCGCCGCCGAUGGUUAAAUUUGAACCCUACAAAAUGCCCCACUGUAAUGUUAACUUUCAAACGGGAGAGAUUUGUCUUGAUAUUUUGACAAGACAGCAUUGGUCGCCGGCAUGGGAUCUGUUGCACGUCCUAAAGGCGAUAGAGCAAUUGCUGCAAGAGCCAGUCCCAGAAUCGCCAUUGAACGUUGAUAUCGCCAACAUUCUGAAAGAAGGUGAUAGAACUGCAUAUACUGGUCUUGUUAGAUACUAUUUUUGUGGAGGAACAUGA